AUGAGCCAUUUUGGAUCGUCUGUGAACAAGUAUACACAGGCUGAUGAGAAUGUCAACGUACUCCCAUCGUCUCGGAAAAGACAGAAUCACGAUGAUUAUGAAGCUGGGUUUCAAACGAUGUUGACAGCAAAGAAAACACAGAUUCAGCCCUUUACGUCCAUAAACCAAACACAAAGCGCAAGUAAAGAAGAAAAACCAGUACCUGAGACCAUUGAUAUACGCCAGAAGGAUGAUACUUAUUAUGAAGGAUUGGAGAAUAAGCUCAACGAUUUAGUGAAUGUGGUGACGAAUUUGACUAAUAUGGUGGAGGAAAUGCAUAGUCAUAUGGUGAAGGGAGAAGAUGCUAUUUCACAGGUGAUUCAGGAACUACUCGAACAGAAAGAUAGAGAGAAUAAGUUAAGCGAGGCUGCAAGAGAGUUGUUUGCUGUCAACGAUCAGCUUACCCAAGAAAAUGAGAGUUAUAAAAAGGAAAUCACCGAGCUACGCAAUAUUCUGAAGGAAUAUGAAAUCUUAGAUCAAUGUCUUAAACAAGAAUAG